GGGAUUUGGGGGAAAAGGGGGGACUUGGGUUUUAAAUUCCCUUUUUUUCCUUUUGUUUUCAGAGGAAUGUGACACAGAAAAUGCAAUUGGUGAACUCACGGCUGAAAUUGACCAGCUGACGGCCUCGCUGGAGGAACGGGACAGGAGGAUCAGCAAACUCACGUCAGACCUGGGUGAAUCCAACACCAAACUCAAGGAACGCGACAGGAAAAUCACCAAACUCGCCGGGGAAGUCCGGAGACUCACGGCGCUGGUGGCCGAGCGCGACUCCGGGCUCCGGAAGCUCCGAUCAGAGCUCGCCAAAUGUGACGCCACAAUCCGACUUUUCACGGUGGAACUCGGCGAGAGACACACGAAAAUCGGGGAGCUCACGGCAGACGUUGAGUGCUGCAAGAAAAAGCUCCGGGAACAUGAGGCGGAACUGGAGGCCCGAGACACCCAAAUCCGGGAAAACGAAGCCGAGAUCAGGCACCUGAAGGAGCAGCUGGGUGAGUGUCCCACCCCCGUUUUUAGGGUCCCAAACCCACAUUUUUAGGGUUCAAACUCCAUUUUUAAGACCCAAACCUCAUUUUUAAGGUCCAAACCUUGUUUUCAGUGUCCAAACCCCAUUUUUGAGGCCUAAACCCCCAUUUUUAGGGUUCCAAACCACAUUUUUAGGGCUCAAACCUCAUUUUUAAGGUGCAAACCCCCAUUUUUAGGGCCCAAACCCUAUUUUUGAGGCCUAAACCCCCAUUUUAGGGUCCCAAACCCCAUUUUUAGGCCUCAACCCCAUUUUUGAGGCCCAAACCUCAUUUUUAAGGUGCAAACCCCGAUUUUUAGGGCCAAACCCCCAUUUUUUAGGGCUCAAACUCCAUUUUAAGGCCC